AUGGGGCAAGCUCCAAGCAGCGGCAGUUGCUGCUCCCCGUGCGAGCCGAGCAAGCAGCCGGACGUAGAGCAAGUUACACACCGCCCGGCCUCUGUGUUUCAGGAGUCGACCGAUGGUGGCCUCCAGGACAAAGAGCCAGAGGAAGUGCCCGUGGACGUGCGCGGCUCGAACAAAACGCUGGACCUCACCCUCACCGACCGCCAGCUGCUGCGGGGAAUCCCUUUCUGCCAGACUUUGUGGCGUGGCGGCCGGGUCUGGAGGCACCCGCCCGAUGCCCUUAGCCUUUCGGAGCGCUCCCAGCUCUAUGCCUCCUCCAAGCCGGUGCAAGGACUGGACCGGUUCCUCUCUCACACUUGGCUGACGCCGGGAUGGCGAAAGGUGCUGUCUUUGCUCCUGAGCAGCGGCUGGCCGUGCAUGCUUACUGGCUGGGUGCUGGGAAUGGUCGUGUCGAUGGUGCUUUGCAUGCUGGAUGUGCUGCCCCUCACCUUCGAAACGGAAGGCACUGCGAUCGGAUUCUCCGGUGUCAUUCCAAUAGGCCACUGGGUAUCACUCCUCGGGACCUCAACGGCGUUGGUGGGAUUGGUCGUCUCUCCCUAUCUGCCGUGCCGCAAGCGAGACAUGUGCUUUCUUGAUGUUGCAUGCAUCCACCAGGGGGACCAACACCUAAUGCAGCAGGGCAUCAACAACCUUGGAACUUUUCUGGAAGCAUCCGAAGAGUUGCUCGUGCUUUGGGACACGCCCCUGUUCUCGCGCCUCUGGUGUGUCUUUGAACUAGCGGCCUUUAGCAAGCUGAAUCCGAAGGGCAAGAUUACCAUAGCCCCGAUCUACGUAGAGGCGGUGGCUUCUCAGCUCUUUUUGAUUCUCUUGGCCGUAAGUUGCCUGGCGCUGCUCCUGCGAAUUGGAGUUGCAAGCCGAGAGUUCUUGCUGCUUGCCUUGGCCUCAUGCGCCUUGCUCUUGGCUCCGUUGCUGCAUUCCUUGCGGGGCAAAUGCCGCUGGAAAAUGGAAUUGGACGACGUUCUGGCAAACUUCGAUGUUUUAAAUGUGGACUGCACUGUGGAGGUUGACAAAGCCAACAUCCACGCGGCCAUUGAGCGGUGGUACGGCAGCCUCCCCGCGUUUUCGGAGUUCGUCCAGGGCCUCUUCCGCGCAAAGGCACGCGAGCUCACCCGGACCCCUGGCCGUAUGCCCCUGGGCUACAUCUACAUGUUGGCAGCGCCCGCCGCCAACUGGUCCCUCGAUGUGUGGCUGGGCCUAUGGAAAGCAGGUGCCUCCUCGGAGGGCCUCGUUGCCUGGUUCGUGGGGGGCUUCCUCGCCUUCACCCUGCUGUGGUAUCCCACAGUGAUCGUCUUUGUGGUCUUCUCCUGCGAGCGCUGGGCGCAGCGUAGGUCCAGCAGACUCAGGGACUACCUCCAGACCCUGGCGAUCUACCUACUGACCUUUGCUGCAUUCCUUGUCGGAGCCGUUGGAGCGAACCUUGCGUGCAACCACAGCAUCGGGCUGACGGCUCUGUGGACCUUGCUUGCGAUGCUUUUCUCCGGUCUCACCUGGUACUUUUGCUGGCUGCGGUGA